UAAUUACUGGUUAGAUAUGCCCGCCCCCACUUGAAGCGUCUCAUCAAUAAUAAAGUGCCAUUAUUAGCUGCCAGUCAUAUAAGAGGCUUUGGGCCUAAGCCGCCGUUCCAGAGCGUAAACAGUUCCAUCUUUGUCAAGGUCCAAUAUUUGGUUAAAAAUUUUAGCACGAACUCGUUCGUAUGGGCCCACAAAAAUGUAAAUAUCACCAGGGUGACCAAAAAAAAAAAAACGGGUAGCAUAGCACUAUAAGUAAGCGCAAAAAAUAAAAAGACCGGGGGAAAACCACCUGCCAAUGAACCUGAAUCAGCUUCUAUAUACCAGCAUUGCUCGCCGUUCUGCCUGCUCAUCUUCCGCCGCCCAGAAAAUCCAGUUUUCAGUUGAUAGUUGGCUUCCGAUGUGAAACGACGAAGAAAGUGUUGGUCAAAUUGGGGUCACCGUAUUAAAUUAUUGCGCAUUUCAGGCCGCAUCUGGCCAAAUAUCAAUAGAGCUAACACGCCUAAUUGGCAGUCAACAACUAUUCAAAGCCAAAGCCGAGCUCCACUCUCUUCAAUCUCCGCCAGCGUCUCUCUUCCACUUAUCAGGCACCAGAAACCAACCAAGUUGAUAAGCAGCUGCUUGUAGUUCGCCCAGAACAUUUCCCAUCUGACUUUGCUGCGGGAUGGAUCGCCUGCGGAUAUUGUUGAUCGCCUUCUCGUUGACAGUGGCUCAAGGCUAUGGCCUUGGCCCCGGAGGAUCUCGACCCGUUCGCACCGUGGAGACACUGACGCAGUGGGGUCAACUGGAGUUCGGCUUUCCCACGGCGCAGGAUCGGGAGAACGCCCAGUCGGCCGGCAAUCUGGUGCCGGAGAACGGCACCCCCAUCGAUGUGCAGGCUCAGUACUUGGCCAAUGGCAAGAUCAGGGUGUUCACCACCAUUCCGCGGUUCGUCACGGGAAUACCAUAUACACUGGCCACUGUUUCCGAGACGCAGGCCAGGAAUGGUCCUCUGCUGCAGCCGUAUCCCAACUACUCCUGGCACAAUGGCAACGGGGAGAACUGCGACAAGAUCACCUCCGCCUUCAGAGUUGCUAUCACCGAGUGCAACCAGAUGUGGGUGAUCGAUUCGGGCAUAAUUGGCACCACUCAGCACUGCCCGCCACAGUUGCUGCAAUUUGAUCUGAGCACCGAUCGCCUUCUGCAUCGCUACCGCUUUCCGAACGAUACGUACAUCCCGAGCGGAUCCCUCUUCAUUACGCCAAACGUUCUGGUGCAGGAUCCUCCGCCCAGAGGCUCUUGCAGUCGCACCAUGAUCUACGUGGCCGAUGUGAGCUAUCACGGCUUGGUGGUCUACAACCACCAGACGCAGACUUCCUGGCGAGCGGAGAACCGCUACAUGUACCCCGAUCCGGAUUACGGCCAGCACACCAUUGCCGGCGAGAGCUUCUAUCUGAUGGACGGCAUGUUUGCCCUGAACAAUGACAAACGCAAUCUGUACUUCCAUCCGUUGGCCAGUGCCAGUGAGUAUGCCGUGCCGUUGAGUGCGCUAAAUCGGCAGGAGAACUGGGCCAGUGGACCGGAGGCCUUGCCGGAGGAGUUUAGGUUGUUGGGCAGACGGAGAAGCGAGUGCGCCGCAUCCGCCAUCGAUGGCAGGAACAACGUCUACUGCGUCACCUUCAAUCCCAUCAAGCUGUUCGUGUGGAACGUGAACACGCCGUACAACUCGCGGAGCUUCGGCAAUUUGCCGGCCAAGUCGGAUGAGCUGCAGUUUGUCAGCGGCAUGAAGGUCGUGCGGACACCCGAUGGUCAGGAGGAACUCUGGCUGCUCUCCAAUCGCUUCCAGAAAAUCUCUGCAGGCACUUUGAAGUCCGACGAAGUGAACUUCCGCAUUCUGCGACGCAAGUUGGAUGAUGUUCAGGGAGGCGUCUUCUUUUCAAACGACGAUGAUCUAUCCAACCGUUUGGUCUUUACUAAGUGAUUUUUUAAACAAACUAAAUUAAUGUAUGUAAACAACAUUA